GCUGAUGGUCACGUCUAUCUUCGAGUCUCCGUAGUUGACUGGCUGUGGUCCUGCGGGGAGGCGGGGCCGCACCGGAGGCGGAAGCCGCGGCGGCGUGUUCCGGUGCUGAGGUGGCGGACGGUGCGUCGGCCGCCUGUCAGGAGCGCCAGGAUGAGGAACGGCGUGACGUACCCGUGUGUGACUGCGCUGCCCUGGAAACCCCUCCACCGCUGACUUAGCAGACCCGUGAGCUGCUCGGUGCAUGGAAGAGGCUGAAGAUGCUAAGCCGUUUGUCAGGUUUAGCAAGUACUGUUAUGCAAGAGCUGUCAGGUGACGACAGAGAUGAUGGAGAUCCAGUUCGGGAAUCCUUUACUGCAGUCCAGGCUGCAGAGCCACAAGCACAGAGCGUGGCGGAGGCGCCUGAGGAGCUGCUGGAGCGCCUCGCCCAGACAGAACAGCUCGUUGCCCAGCUGAAGGAUUUGAUCCGAGAAAAGGAUGCCCUGCUCCAGCAAAAAGAAACUGUACUCAAGGAAGAGCGAGAGGCUGCGGACGCGAAGCUGAUGAAGCUGAAACUUCAGGCCAAAGCCAAAGUGGCCUCUCUAAACAAACGCAUUGAGGAGCUGACAGAGAAAGGAUCAGCGCUGCCCGCACAAACCUUGUCCGAAGAGCAGUGCCGGGAUAACCAGCAAAAGAGAGGCGAGAGGCAUGGAGAGGAAGCCGAAGCACUGAGAGCGCAGCUCAGGGCGCGAGAGGAGGCUGCUCGGGACCUGCAGGAGCAGCUGGCUCUGGCUGAAGUCAGCCUCAAAGAUGCUGAAAUCAAGUAUGCCACACAGCUGAGCUCCCUGCAGGAGGCGGUUCGGGAGAAGGAAGCUCUCCUGGAAGAGCAGGUUCACCAGCACCAAGCUGAAUUACUCAAGAUAGUGGCUCAGUCAGAUCUGGAAGCAGAGAUGCAGCAGAACCUGCGGGCGCUGCAGCGACAGCUGGAGGAGCAGGAGGCAGCUCUGCUGGGGCGCGCUCAGGCGGUGGAGCUGCUGCAGCAGCAGUUACGUGCUGCUGAACAGCAAAACCAGAUGCUCCUGGAUCAGUGCCAGAAGAUGGAGGUAGACCUGGUCUCCCUGAGGGAUGUGCUAGAAUCCGAGAGACGAGAGUCUCGGGGCCGCAGAGAGGAGCUGGAGCUGGAGCUGGCCGAGAGGAAGAUGUCCUCGCAUCGCUUGCAGGAGGAGCUGCAGUGUCUCCUGGGACAGCUGGAAGAGGCAAGAGGAGCACAAGCUGCAUUAGAGGUGAAGUGUAAAGACCUGGAGCAGCAACAAAGGCUGGAGGUGGAAGAGAAGAACCUGCAGAUCAGUUGUCUGAAGGCGGCCGAGCAAGAGCUGCAGUCCAGGCAUGCUGUCCUCGUAGCUGAAAACCAGCAGCUGAAGCAGGAUGUUGAUCGGCUGUUGGUGUUGUCUGCUGAAAACAGUGCUGCGGUACAGAAACUACAGGAUGAACUUGUACAGAAAUCUGAAGAAUCUGCGUGCUGUCAGACGGAGCUGAAGUCCCAUUCAGUAGUGCGGGUCUCUGAGCUGGAGAAGCAGGAUGAAACAGCUUCACGGGAAAAAAUAAUAGAUCAGGAAGAUCAGAGCGGGACUUCGCUCCUACCCACGGAAAACUUGGAGAGACAGAAGAUUGAAGAAACACCGCACUUAGAACGUGUUCUCCAGGCGCCGCAGGACGCUCCGGUGGUCACGGAACGUGUUCUCCAGGCGCCGCAGCAGGACGCUCCGGUGGUCACGGAACGUGUUCUCCAGCAGCAGCAGGACGCUCCGGUGGUCACGGAACGUGUUCUCCAGGCGCCGCAGCAGGACGCUCCGGUGGUCACGGAACGUGUUCUCCAGGCGCCGCAGCAGGACGCUCCGGUGGUCACGGAACGUGUUCUCCAGGCACCGCAGCAGGACGCUCCGGUGGUCACGGAACGUGUUCUCCAGGAACCGCAGCAGGACGCUCCGGUGGUCACGGAACGUGUUCUCCAGGAACCGCAGCAGGACGCUCCGGUGGUCACGGAACGUGUUCUCCAGCAGCAGCAGGACGCUCCGGUGGUCACGGAACGUGUGAAGCAGGCAAGAACAGACGGCUUUCCCAAUGGAAGCAAGCAGUUUUCUGAGGAAAGUUGUCCACCUGCAAUUCUAGAAUAUAUUUCUGCAGAGAAACAGAAAGAACUCUCAGUUUUGCUGCUGGAACUGCAAGAAGCCCAAGAAGAAAUAACCUUUCUGAAAAGGCAGCUCGAGGGCCCAAAUGGCCGAACUUCUACAGGCAGCCAAACCGGAGAAGCCGAUGACCAGGUGGAAGGUGAUUCCCGGAUGCUGUUUCUUGAGAGGGAAGAGCAAAAGGCUUCAGAUACACAAAAUGAAUUGCAGCAAAUCGGUGUGCGUCAGGCACACAGAACCGGUCUUCAGGAAGCGCCGCAGGGGACAGCGCUUCCCUGCGGAGGGGACACGGGGACAGUGCCAGCAGCCUCUGCGGCACAGCCGGGGACAGGGACAAUGCCAGCAGCCUCUGUGGCACAGCCGGGGACAGGGGCAAUGCCAGCAGCCUCUGCGGCACAGCCGGGGACAGGGGCAAUGCCAGCAGCCUCUGCGGCACAGCCGGGGACAGGGACAAUGCCAGCAGCCUCUGCGGCACAGCCGGGGACAGGGGCAAUGCCAGCAGCCUCUGCGGCACAGCCGGGGACAGGGGCAAUGCCAGCAGCCUCUGCGGCACAGCCGGGGACAGGGGCAAUGCCAGCAGCCUCUGCGGCACAGCCGGGGACAGGGGCAAUGCCAGCAGCCUCUGCGGCACAGCCGGGGACAGGGACAAUGCCAGCAGCCUCUGCGGCACAGCCGAGGACAGGGACAAUGCCAGCAGCCUCUGCGGCACAACCGCAGCCGGGCACCUCUCAGGAUCAAGAACUGAUAAAGUUACAAAACCGAAUUACAGAACUGCAAAUAAUUCUGCAGAAAUCAGAAGAAUCCUAUAAGAAAGAUCUAGGAGAAAAAGGUGCAGAAAUUAACAGGCUAAAUGAGUUGGCCGAGGAAUACAGAAAAAAAAUAGAGGAUUCAGACAGUGCAUUUUGUGUUUUGACUGAAGAGCGAGAUCAGCUCCUGCAUCAGAUGAAGGAACUUCCUGCCAUAGCAGAACUGAAAGAGCGAGUGAAGCAGCUUGAGGAAAACCUGGCUCUUUCAGAAAAGCAGAGGCUGUCGGACAGCCAGAGCAGUCUUCUGAAAGAACAAAUCCAGAGCCUUAAAAAUGAGUUUAAAUCCAAGGAGGUAAAAAUAGAAGCUUUGCAGAAAGACUUGGAUGAAGCGCAACUUCAGCUUUCUGACCAGGACAUGCAACUAAAAGAUCUGAGGAGCCAGAACGAGAAGAAGGAACGUGAAGUACUUGAUCUAGAACAACUUCUGAGGAAGAACACAGCUGAGACGGAAGAGCUUUCCCAACACUUGGCCUCAAAGAGCCGCGAAGCAGCGAGCCUGCAGCAGCUGGUCGCUGGACACGCCAGGACUGUCGAGAGCCUGCAACAGGCCUUGCUGGAGAAGGACCGACAGAUGACGGAGAUCAGCGUCAGCAUGUCCGAGAAAAUGGUCCUGCUGAACGAAGAGAAGUUUUCUCUGGGAAAUGAGCUGCGGAGUCUUAGAGAGCAAACCAGUCUGUUACUGAAAGCACAGGAAGAAAAAGACCACAACGUAGAAGCAGAAGACGCAUCUCUGAGAUGUGGGACGUCUGAGCAGCCGCCUGAGACAGGGGCAGCGUCCGAAGGAAGCGGGGGACUAGGAAAUAAGCUGGAACUUCUGAAAAGAGAGAACGAGCGAGUGAAGCGGAAGCUGCAGGCGGCACUGGGCAGCAGGAAGGAGCUCCUGAGGAGGGUGGGCGGCCUGGAGGGCGAACUGGCGCGGCUGAGAGGAGAGCGUGAGCCAGAAACCGCAGCGGCUCGGAAAGCUGAGGGGGAAGAAAAUACAAGCAGCGUGGUGAGCAGAGAGGCGAAUCUGGAAAGCCAGCCCAGCGAGGAGCAUCUAGUUCAGCUGCUUUCCGAAAAGGAUGCCGAGCUGCAGAGGAUCCGCAAGGACCUGCUGGAUAAAGAAACUACCGAAGCGCAGUUGCAGGCAGUGAUCGAGGAAAUGAGGCGAAGCUUGGACGGUAAAGCCAGCGUUGUCUCAGUUAAAGAUGAAAACACAGAGAGUCGGACAAUUGCUGACAAAGUAACUGAAACCAGUGAAAGCCCAAUACAUUAUGAAGAAGAUGAAGAAAACAGUUCAGCAGCUAUGAAUCCUGAAGAAAACCAAAAGUCUGUGCUGAAAGAGAGGAUUUCAACCCUUGAACAGGAGAAAGAACAGCUUCAAAAAAAGCUUCAGGAAGCCCUGGUGUCUCGCAAAGACACUGUAAAAAAGGCUCAGGAAAAAGACAGGCAUCACAGAGAACAGCUGAAACAGCAGAAGGAUGAGUACAGCAUUCUGCAAGAGCAGUUCGAGAGGCAAAGCAAGGAGAAGGAGAGCAUGCAGGCCCGGCUCAGACAGCUCCAGGAGCAGAAAGGGCCGACAGGGCGUGCUCUGGAGAAUCAAGGCGGGUUGGAUUCUUCAUGCGUGGAAGCAGAAAAUACAACAAAAAACAAGCUUGUACAAGUUGCAGAUGUUUCUGGGGAAGAGUUUGAGAAAAAGCUUGAAAAACUGCAGAUGGAGAAAGAGGAAUUGGAAUGUUGUGCUAGCCAUAUGCAAAGCGAACUUGCUUGCAAAUCAGAAUUGGUCUCUCGUUUGCAAGAGCACAUAGAGCAGUUGUUUCUGGAGAUAGAAGGGCUGAAGAGAACCUCUGGCCAAGCUGAAGCUAAGGCAGCGCGUCUUCAGGCACAGCUGGAGGAGAGCCGGGCAAAAGCGUCCGCAGAGGGCGGUCUGGAGGAGCUGCCAACACUUCUGCGCCAAAAGGGUGAAGAGAUGGAACUUCUUAACGUGCAGUUAAGGGAGAGAAGUGAAGCUCUCAAUGAUGUGCAGGCACAGUUGCUGGAAAAAGAGGAUGCAGUGAAGAGACUGUGUGGUCAGUUGGAACUGCAGGCUCAGGCGCAUGAGGAGCAACGCAAGCGGCUGCAAACAGAGUUGCUCGAAAUCCAGGAGAAGCAGGAUGGUGAUGCAGAAGCAGCUAAACAGAAGAACCAAAUGCAGAGAAAACUGCAGGCUGCGCUUAUCUCUAGAAAAGAGGCGCUGAAGGAGAGCAAAGCUCUGAAAGAGGAGCUGGCUGACGCUAACACGACGAUUGAAAAUCUCCGUGUCAGGUUGACAGAUAUGGAAAGCCAAAUAUGUGGCCACGUUAAAGAAACAGAUACUUUAACAGAAAAGCUAGCGAGCCUUACUGAAGAGCGAGAAAAACUUAUUGCAGAAAUUGAUAAAGUACUAAUGGAAAAUCGGAACCUUGCUGGAUGCUGUGAAGACCUGACGUUCAGUCUGGACAGGGCUGUUGUAGAGAAGGAGAAGCUGGAGACGGAGAUGGAGUCCUUGAAGUGCUCUCAAGCCGCUGAGAGCUCUGAGUGGCACGAGAAACACAGGGAGCUCCAGAAAGAGUAUGAAACUCUUCUGCAGUCGUAUGAGAACGUGAGUGACGAGGCGGAGCGGAUUCAGCGCGUUCUGGAGGCUGUCAGGCAGGAAAAGCAGGAAAUCUUCAUUAAGCUGAAAAGUGUAGAAGCAGAAAAAGAGGAAACGGAUAAGCAGUUACAGGAGGCGGGACAGGAGAUUGAUGGGAUGAAGGAGAAAAUGAGGAAAUUUGCCAAAUCAAAGCAACAGAAGAUCCUGGAGCUAGAGGAGGAGAAUGAGAAGCUUCGAGCAGAGUCGCGCUUCACAGAUGGGGAGCUGCGCAGGACUGGAGAUGUCCUCACCAACACCGGCCUGAGGGAGGAUCCGGAGAGCUCUGGCAGCGAUUACCAGUCUCUUUCUGCUCAGCUUGAGACAGCGAUGGCUGAAAAGGAGUCUCUUACUCAAGAGAUCGCAGACUUGAAGUGUCGUUUGCAGUUAACAGAAUCUGAGCUGAAGGAAAGCAGAGAACUGGUGGACAAGUGUGUUGCUCAGAAGACAAGAGGGGAAGAAACAAACGGGGCAGUUGACACAGCGUCACCAACGGAGGGGGCUCAAAAUGGAGUGGAUGUGAGUUUUAGAGCAGAGUGUCCUGCUGCGGAGCUGGAGCGAACGGCAGGUGAAGGCGACGGCCCCGGCGAGGGUCCCGGCUCCCCCGGCGAGGGUCCCGGUGGCCCCGGCGAGGGUCCCGGUGGCCCCGGCGAGGGUCCCGGUGGCCCCGGCGAGGGUCCCGGUGGCCCCGGCGAGGGUCCCGGCUCCCCCGGCGAGGGUCCCGGCUCCCCCGGCGAGGGUCCCGGCUCCCCCGGCGAGGGUCCCGGUGGCCCCGGCGAGGGUCCCGGCUCCCCCGGCAAGGGUCCCGGCGGCCCCGGCGAGGGUCCCGGCUCCCCCGCGCGGCAGAGCACUGAGAUCACGGGGUGGCAGGAGCACGGGGGGCACUCCGAGCAGCAGCUGCGGGACAUGCGCGCGUGUGUUGAGGCUUUAACGGGUGACAAAAGGGCUUUAGAGACCCAGAUGGAAGAGAAGGUCCGUGAGCUGGAUGCUCUUAAGGACACAGUAGCAAAAAUGGAACAAACGGUCCAAAAAACCAAAGAUGACCUUGUUAGGAUGACAGAACUGAAGGACGCGCUGGAGGCCGAGAAGGACGAUUUGGAAGAAAGGCUCAUGAAUCAGCUGGCGGAACUUAAUGGGAGUAUUGGCAACUAUCAGCAAGAUGCAACAGACUUCCAGAUUAAAAACGAGGAGCUGAAACAUGAGCUUCAGAGUCUGCAGAGAAUGAUGCACGAGCUGGAGGAGGAGAAGAAAUGUCAGAUGGCAGAAGAGGAAAGCAAAGCAAGUUCAGAAAAGCAAAGGGAACUUGUAGAAAAGCUACAAUGCAGUUGGAGGGGAGACAGCACACAUGUAAAGGAGCUCCAGGAACUGCUGAAACAGAAACAGCAGGAGAUCAGGCAGCUGCAGAAGGACUGUAUUAAAAGCCAGGAGAAGAACAGUAGUUUAGAAAGAACCGUCAAAGCUCUGGAGUUUGUGCAGAGUGAGUCUCAGAAGGAGGUGGAGGUGGCCAGAGGGGCUUUAGCCAAAGCAGCCGGGGACGCCCGGAAGGCGCAGGCGGAGCUGGCGCUCUGCAGGGUGGCGCUGGACGACACCCAGAGCGAGGCGGCCAGGGUGGCCGCCGAGAGCGUGAGGGUGAGGGAGGAGCUGCAGGCGAGCAGGGAGAAUAUUAGAGCUCAAAUGAAGAAAAAAGAGGAGGACUUUGAGAGAAGGCUGGAGCAGGAGAAAGACAAGCACUCAAAGGCAAUUAAGAACAUGGAAGAAAAGCUGGCAGCUUUGCAGAGGGAGAAAGACCUUCUGGAAACCAUGCUUGGUGAUCUUCAGGGCUCCUUGAAGACGAAGGAUCAAGAGGCCAAGGAACUGGAAGGCAGCCUCAACAAAACGCUGGCGCAGCUCGCAGCCUUCUCCAGGAGCAUGUCUGCCCUUCAGGAUGACAGGGACAGGGUGAUAGACCAGUCCAAGACGUGGGAGAAGACGUUCUCAGAGGCUAUUCAAAAGAAGGAGGAAGAAAUCCGUUUGAAGGAGGAAACCUGUGUUGUGCUGAAGGACCAGGUGAAGCAGAUGGCCGUGCGUGUGGAAGAGCUUCAGACUCACAUAUCCAGGCUGGAACUCAACAAGGAGGAGCAGGAGUCUGAGUCCAGGAGGGAGAUUCAGCGUCAUCAGCAGACGUGUGGGGUGUUGCAGGAGGAGAAGCAGGAGCUUCUGACUGAGCUGGAAGCCUCUCGGCAGCUGUACAGCGAGUCUCAGGACGAGCGGCUCAGACUGGAGCGGGACAUGGGCAGCCUGAGGGAGCAGCUGGCUGACUCGCAGAACGGCCUCGCCAGCUGCGAGCUGGCCAGGGAGGAGCUGGCAACCGUGGUUAAGCAACAGGAGACCAGCAUCCAGAACUUGAGAUUCAGCUGCGAACAGCUUCAGGCUGAUCUGCAAGCUUCCAGGGACCUAACCAAUAAGCUGCAUGAAGAAACCAGUGCCAAGGAUCAGAAGAUCAUUAGUUUGCUGUCUGCCAAGGAAGAAGCGGUUAUGGCUGCUCUGUCUGAGUUACAGCAGCAACAUUCUGAAGAGAUGAAAGAGCUGGAGCGGAGGCUCAGUAAGGAGGAAGAAGAUAAAAAAGCCUUGGAAAAUGAGCAGAACACAUUUCUUGAGAAGCUUGAUCGUCUCGCUGAAAAGAUGCAGAUAAGCAGAGAAGAAAGUAAGCAGCAGAAGGCACAGCUGGACUCCUUCACCAAGGCCAUGUCGUCUUUGCAAGAUGACAGAGACCGCAUACUGAGAGACUACAAGCAACUUGAGGAACGUCAUCUCGUUAUCAUCUUGGAAAAAGACCAGUUAAUUCAAGAGUCCGCUGCCGAAAACAAUAAGCUCAAGGAAGAGAUCAGGAGUUUCCACGGCCAGAUGGACGACCUCAACUCUGAGAACGCCAAGCUGAAUGCGGAGCUGGUGCGGUAUAGAGAAGACCUGAACCAAGUGAUUUCGAUCAAGGACUCCCAGCAGAAACAACUUCUCAAGACGCAGCUUCAGCGCAUCCAGGCCCUGGAGAAGGAGAAGGCAGUGGCAGAAGCGCAGCUGAGGGAGUCUGAGCGUGCGCAGGAUGGUCUCAGGGAGCGCGUGGCAGCCCUGGCCGAGGAUAAAGCCAGAAUGUCUGAGGAGAUCGAAACCCUGGCGUCCUCUCUGUCUCGGGUGCAGGGUGAGGUGACAGCGUUACGCGAGGGGGGUCCUGUCGCGGAGUGCCAAGCGCAGCUGAAGGCCCGAGAGGAAGAGACACAAGAACUGGGUCGUGAGCUUUCCCUCUCGCAGAGAAGGGUAACGGAGCUGGAGGCAGAAUUAGCGUGUGUUCAGAGGGACGCAGCCAAGAGAGUGGGAGAGGCGGAGGACAGGCUGCGAAAGGAGCUGAAGCACCUGCAUCACGAUGCAGGGAUAAUGAGGAACGAAACAGAAACAGCAGAAGAGAGAGUAGCAGAGCUGGCACGGGACUUGAUGGAAAUGGAACAGAAAUUUCUUGCGGUCACAGAUGAAAACAAAGAUCUCAGAGCUCAAAUUCAGUCUUUCGGGAAGUCCAUGAGCUCUCUUCAGGAUAGCCGCGACCAGGCCAAUGAAGAGCUGCGUGUUUUGAAACAUAAAUACUCUGCAGACUUAGAGGAACAAAAGUCCCUGGUGCAGAGUCUUCAGAAACAGGUGAUUCAGCUCCAAGAGGAGCAACAUUCCACUGCCAGGGAGCGGGAUAAGGUGAGAUCCGAGCUCGCAGAACUGCAGAAAGCCGCUGAUGAAAGAGGUCUCUUGGCCCGGGUUGAGGAGCUUUGCCAGCAGCUCAGAGCCAAAGACGAUGAGCUGCUCCGUUUGUCCUCAGAGCUGCAGGGCUCUUCCUCCCAGCUCGCGUCUUUCUCCAAGGCGAUGGGGAGCCUCCAGAACGAGCGAGACCGCCUGCUGCGUGAAUUGGGCCAAACACGUAAAGUGCAAGAAGGGAAGCAACAAGCAGAAGGGAGUGUUCCCUCUGCUCCUUCAGAGGUGCAGAGUCUGAAGAAGGCACUGUCCUCCUUGCAGGAUGACAGAGACAGAGUAGUAAGAGAGCUGAAGAAUCUGCAGCAGCAAUACAUACUGGUUGGGGUAGAAUCCGCUGAAAAUUCUCGCCUAAAAGCACAGCUGCAGGAAUGUCAGCAGGACGCAGAUGAACAGCGCCGCCUCCAAGAGCAGCUGAGGCAGGAGAGUGUUUCCUACCAGCAGGAGCUCCAGCAGCUUAGACAAGAGAAGACGGCCUGGGAGAGGCAGAACAGCAGCGUGAAGGAGCAGUGCCUGGUGGCCGUGGCGGAGAAGGACAAACAGCUGAGCCAUUUGCGGGGGAUGGUGCAAGAGCUGAGCGUGCCCCUGGGCAGGCCCCAGGCCGCGGCGGAGCAGCACCCAGCGAAGAUUUCUGCAGAAGUUCUGAGAGGCGACUUUUCAAGCAUAGAGACAGAAAGGAAACAUCUCCAAGCCCAGCUGAGUGACAGCCUGAAAGAACUGCACCAAAAAGAGCUCAGAAUCCAGCAGCUGAACAGCAAGCUCUCCCAGGUCUUUGAGGAGAAAAACGCGCUGUCCCUGCAGCUGCGCGGCAGCGGCCGGGGCGGCGAGAGCCGGCAGCACCGCAGCGAGGUUCUGGCCCGCCGCCUGCUGCUGGAGGGGAAGCUCCGGGAGCCGCAGCCUGCAGACAAGGGCACGGAGCUGUUUGCAACAGAUGCUGCCCCAGGAGCGCCCCAAGAAAAGAACGAGCCUCGGAGCAGCAGUUACACACCAGAACUGCAGGAGCUGCAGCUGAGGCUGUCUGAAACCGAACACUUGCAUAGCAGCACAAAGCAGGAUCUGAGGUAUCUGGAGGAGCAGCUGGAGGAAGAACGGGACCGUCGUCUUGCUGUGGAGGAGGCGCUCUGUGCGGCACAGGACCAGCUCAGGAGGUUGCAGUCAAACGAGUGGACGUCUUCCUCAAGCACCAGCGUUGACGUGGCUCCAGGUCAUGAGCACUCCUUGCUGAUUGAGUCCGCGGAUAACACUUUCAGCAAACCUCGGAACGUCGCUGGACUGCGACGCCUGUUACGCGCUCUGUUCCGGUCCCGGACCCGCUUGCCUCUGCUAGUGGCCACGUAUCUGCUUGCCGUCCACGUCCUGCUCCUCCUGUGCUUUACAGGCCGCCUCUGAACAGGAAUAACAGCCUUGUUGUGAGCCGCAGCCCCGUGUGCCCCCGGGCCCGCGUUCCCUGUCCACAGGGCGGCGCUUCACCUCUCUUUCCAGGUCAGCCCGUGGGGCGCAGCUGCACCCAGCAACGUCCCCGGGUGCUGCUGGGGAGGCGGCAGCGGGUGCUGCUGCUCGGGCUGCUUCCAGGACCUGCCGUUCCUUCGGUGUUUUCCAAAGGAGUGGUACAUCUUGGAGUCGGGGUCCCCAUGCUACAGCCUUCAAGGACAGAUUCUGCUCCUGUACUUGGAGCUAGCACCACUCAUAAUGUGGUAUUGUGCAGGAAUAGCAAUAGCAAUAGUGCAGGUGGGAAUAAGAAGAAUACUCUGGAGCUGCUGCAGUACUGUAACACUUCCCGGAGCUGCAGGAUCUUCCCCCUCCGAGACUGGAUCAGUGACCCGGGCUGGGGAAACCCUGUAGCUACUGUAGGAAAGAGAAGCUUCCUUCCUUUCUUCCGUUCCCUGGAUGUGCUCCGUGGCUCAGCUCCGUUUGAAAUGCAAAUCCUAAGGAAGUUGCAGACACUUUAAGGAACAUGAAUUGAAUUUCAGAUUUGUGUUUCCUGCUCAGUUGCUUCUCAUGUUGAAGAAAGACCAAAAUUAGUAUAUAAUUAAUAUAUCUGGACCUGCUAAGCAUUCCAUUUAAGACCAAUCAUAUAUCUCCCCUGACGAGCCUGUAAAAUAACGUCAGUAAUUCAGUAGCUGAAAAGGAAUAAGUUAUAACCUUGCUGUUUAUAACUUUUGUGCACCUGUGAUGACGGAAGGCGCUUCCAUACCUCUUGAACGGAGCGCGGCCGGGAUCCUGCGUCCUCGUCCUGAGCAGCCACGGGGUGAAACCCGCACGGGCUGCCUUGAAGGGGUCCAUAGUGUGGUAUGUGUGCCCACACCAAAGGUACCACAGGUGGAGGCUCCAGAAAUAAACUGAGGAAGGGAAUAGAGUUCUGGAACCUUCUGGCAUCUUGGCUUUAGGAAAAGCCGGUUGUAGAAAGCUAGUGCUGGUCAUUAGACGUGUUAGAAUCUAAAGCAACCUGAUGCAAAUGGACUUGAUCUUAUAGAAUACAUGGAGUGCCAUGUUUUCUAAAGAAAUCCUGGAUACGUCCUGGAAUUGAGACUACUCUGUUGCGACGGGAGAAGGGUGAGUGCAAAGAAGACAGUUCCAGUUCCCUGUCAGAGACCGAGUGGUCACUGUUCAGAGGAUCGUACCUGCCCUUGCUGGAGCAUUAGCAGUCACAUUUUUCCCAUGGGAAAGCGGUAGUUCCGUUGAUACUGCUGGUAAAGGAAGAUUCUCCAGCCUGUUUCAGGAUGGGUUGAUUUCAUCGUGGCAGUAAAGCCGCUGGAUCUCUGGCAGGUCCGGAACAUGGGCACUGUGUAUCCUUUUGGGCACUGCCCCGGUUAUCCGCGUGGACUUCAACUGUAUAAAACUCAGUGACCAAACACUUGGCCUGUACCUUCCUGGAGCAUGUGCUCCUGUAUAUACAAUAAAGAUUAUUUUUCAGAUGGAA